AUCUUUUUAAAUCAGCAGCAUAACUGCGUCCCCCUUAUCCACGCCCCGCGCUGCUGUCUGUCUUUACGUGCAUUUCAUAAACGAUUCAGAGGAAGGAAGAAAGGGGGAGGAUAAACGCAGCAUAUCAACAGCAAUCAUGUCAAAUCGCACAUCACGCCCGAAGCCACCUCCGCCAGGCAACGAGGAAGCCUCUGCGUCGCUGAACCUGGGCGAGUUUCAGCAUGUCGAUACUCUCACGCUUUCAGAAGCCGCGCUGGUUCUCAAUGCGCUGGUUGCGAAGCGCCGAAACGAUCGCAAGAAUGUCAACGAGACGGAGAUGCUGAACCAAACUCUCAACUAUCUGGAUCACUUUGCGCGGUUCACGCAGAAGGAGAACGUCGAGGCUGUGGAGCGUCUGCUCAGUGCUCACAAGGACCUGGCCAAGUUUGAGCGCGCACAACUUGGAUCGCUCUGCUGUGAAAACGCUGAUGAAGCCAAGACUCUGAUUCCAUCUCUUGCGGACAAGAUCAAGGACGAAGACCUACAAGACCUACUCGAUGAGAUUUCGAAGCUUCAGAACCGAUAAUGCUCAAGAGAUGUUGCGUUGCGCUCGUCUCUUCUUCUGGAUAUAUAGCUGCGACGAUUGUUGAUACAUUGCUCCAUGGAGAAUCGAGAUUACUAGACUGCUGAUGUUCGGUUACGCAAAGACGGAUGGAUUCAGAGGGAUCAAGGCUGCAAGCUGUUCGCAUCAUACUCGCCUUUUUUUUUUUCUUUUUCCUUUUUUAAACAACAUUUAUUCUGCCUUUUUUUUUUUUUCUACUGUUUCUUGGGCGCUUGGGGCAAGGGUCAUAAAAUUUUGGUUUGCAACGCGGACAUUUAUAAAAUACGGUAGGGCAGCUACCAAAUACCCCUUGAUAAUCUGUGGGAACGACUUUGAUUAUAUUAUGUCGGCUAGACAAGUUAUAUGCGCGACCGUGCUAUCUCGCAGAGGUGAUUAUGAAAAGGAUAUCAUUUAAAAAUCAUUCAUACCAAUUUCCUCCCUCUCCGUGUUGUUCCUGCUCUCAUAGUAUUAUGAAGCACAGUUGCUGGAAAUUGACAUGCGAUGGAAAUGGGCACAGAAUGCAUUGCCUAUCGCAUCUUUUCGGGAAUCAGUAUUGCCGAGAUGCCGUUUCUUCAAUCUUCCUCUUCACACCUAUCUGGUCUUCUCCUAUGUUUAUCCUAGGUUCUUGUACUGAUCCCAGUGAUUGACAUACACUGGUUUGCCAUCAUCUAUCGGCACCGACGUAAGGUUAGCACGAGGGUCCAUAGUGGUGACUUCCUGAACGGGCUCAAGCCGAGAUAGUUUAGGAGUGUUUGUGCUUGGGCCUGAGACGCUCAUGGCGGGCAGCUCUAUCGGGGCAGCGCUGCUUCCAUCCAUCUCAAAGGCGCCGCUAGCUGGAGAAUACGGAUCUUCAGGCUUAUCUGCUCGGCCUAAGGUUCGUUUUGUUAGUGAGAACAGCUGAAUGACCCGUCUUUAUGGGCCACUGCGAAUCAAAACUUACCUCCAAACGGGGCAAAGGGAUCACUGCUCCCCUGAGUGCUUGUGGUAUGGGCCGACACAGGAUGGGGGAAAUGCUUUUCUUCGACUACAUCAUCCCGACCGGUGUCUUGAUGGGGAUCAAAAUCGGCUUCGGAUCUGCGUUGCUUCUUGCGACGCCGCAGCGUAAGCACUGUGACGACGAUGAGGGCGAUGAGGGCGACGCCGCCGACGGCGAUUCCGACAAUGGCCCCCGGUGAGAGUGGGCUCGCUCCCGAGUUUGCGGGAGAGGUUGCGGCGUUUCUGGCGCCUGUGGACGAAGGAAAUGCUGUUCC